GGCAUCCCUUCAAAAGUUAAAGCUUAAAAUCCUAUCAUUCCAUACCUUUCUUCAACAUUUAGUCGUCCCUUCCAACACCUUUACCACAACCUCUCUCCAUCUCUCUCAUGGAUUGCUGUAGCAUCAACAUAAGGCAUCCAUUGGUAGUGGUCUUAGCAGCAAUGCUAAUAGCCUUUGCAUCAUGUGAUGAUCAUGAUUCAAAGGAGAGAGAAGAAUGUGCAGAAUCAGUGGUGGGACUCGCAACUUGUCUCCCUUAUGUAGGAGGAACGGCAAAAUCCCCCACCCCGGAUUGCUGCAGCAGCCUCAAACAGGUGUUGAACACCAACAAAAAGUGUGUGUGUGUGAUCAUUCAAGAUAGAAACGAUCCAGAUUUGGGGCUCAAUAUCAAUCUCACUCUUGCUCUAGGCCUUCCCCAGGCUUGCAAUGCACCAGCCAACAUUUCUCAGUGCCCUGCUCUGCUAGGGCUGGCACCAGAUUCACCAGAUGCUCAGAUAUUUUACGAAUCCGGCAAUGGCCAUGUUGCUGAAGGUCCUAACGAUAAUGGUAUAUAUAGUGAAGCCUGCUGCUCCAUCAGAUAUUACAACUCCGGGAAGCAUUGUUGAGCAGCAAAAUGAUGAUGAUGAUGAUGAUGAUGAUUAUGCUUCUGCAACUGGGAAGAGAUUUGUUGAACUCAAAAUCUUUGCUGGAGUCUUGUUUUUGUGGUCUGUGGAUUUUGUCAUCUAAAAAGCUUGUUUCAUAUUAGGAUCAAAAAACCUUGGAUUUGAUUUUGUGUUGAGGAUAUCAGAUUCAGUUUCUUCUAAUAUAUAUGUACUCAAAUAUUCAGUCUCUUGUGGUAUAUAUUGUAUUAAAUAUUUGUAGGUAUAUAUUGUAUUAAAUAUUUGUUGAAACAGAGAGCUGUAUUCUUUAUUGAUUGAAAAAGAUAUCCAAUAUCUAUGAAUUUAUAGGA